CUUCCGGGGUGAAGUGAUUUUCAAAAUAAAAGCCCCGACGUCAUCCUCGACUUUAAAAAACUAUUAAUCUGGUUGUAACUAGAUAUGUUACUCGGAUGAAUACUAUAAUAUUUGAAAAGCUUCCAAACUAUGGGCUAGAGAUUAUAGAAACAAUAUAAUGUGUAUUCAUACUAUUUUAUUUUUAUGACAUGAACAUAAUUUCUGGUCUCGGGCUUCUGCUGACCUCUCCCCCGCAAAGUUCGACACUCGAUUAUUUUGCCUUUGCCGGGUAGCUAGCAAAAUGAUAAAUUGGAGAGCUAGCUUGCUAAAUUCGCUAGUAGUAGUGAUACACAUUUGCAAUUCAAUCUGUGUAAGGUUAUAUACAUUUAUUCGGGGAUAGCUAGCCAGCCAGUUAUCAAUAUAUCUAGAAACGACUUGAACGAAGACGGACGUUAGCUAGGUCAGCCAAGAUCGCUCAGUUCAGCUGUAAAAAAAAAUGAGUCUUCCAGACCGGAAUGCCAAUGAGGAUGAAACAUCCUACUAUGCAGACAAGACCUGGGUCCAGUGCGAGUCUCCCAGAUGCCUGAAGUGGAGACUGGUACCAAAGGGUGAUGAAGCGGUGGCUGAGCUGGACCAUGACAAGUCCUGGCGCUGUCAUAUGAACCCAGACCCUCUAUUCAGCCACUGCAGCAUCCCUCAGGGCCAUUUCCCCAACAACUCCCAGUUCAAGGAACAUGGCCUGAAGGUGGUGUACUUCCUGCUUCCUGUCGGGAGCCUGGUGCUGGUGAAAGGAUGCAACUGGCCAUGGUGGCCAGCCAUUCUAAGUCCAGACCCCAACGUGGAGGAGUAUGUGAGGCUGGACAGCGAGGGUUAUGUGGAGCACUACCAUGUUGAGUUCCUGGGGAAACCUCACACCAGAUACUGGGCUGCUGCCAAGCAUGUCGAACUCUACCACACCUCCUCCACUAAACCCAAAUACAGGAACAUGAGAGGUGCUAUGAGGAAGUCGUAUGAGGUGGCGAUGGAGGAGGUGGCUAAGGUCAGGGAGAUGGGAUGUGAGGAGAGACUGCAGAUCAGCCACUUCCAGCCUCAGGAAUUGUUGUUUCAGGCUCAGAGGUUAAUGCAUGCCAUUGAGAGGAUGCUCAGACAAUGCUCCAACCAGCAGGACAACCAGGGCAAGCGCGACCAGAUGAUUAGGAUGUGGGAUGCCAGCAUCGAGGAGGAUGGAGACAUUCUGAUCAUAGAAGGUUUCAGGUUUGACAGCGCUACCUGUCUGGAGGACCUGAUGACUACAGGAAACAAGAAAUAAGAGAUUUUUUUAAACAAGAUAUUUUAACAAGAUAUUUUAACAAGAUAUUUCCGGAGUUUUUUUCUGAAACACGUGUUCAUUCUUUCCCCUUAAAGUGCUUUUAUAUUUAUGAUAUUUAUUUGUAAUGUUAUAUUUUUCUAAAAUAUGUGUUACUGUGGUCAUUGUUGAAGGAAAUAUACAUUGUGGUGACUGGCAGUGUAAAGAAGCCUUCAACCUCAGCACAGUCUUUUCUGUUGGGCCCGUUUGUUAAAUCUCUCACUGUGUUCAUUUAUUCUCAAGUUGUCAUUUUAUGUUAUUGCUCUAUUGUUAUUCCAAUACAUGUUGUAUUCCUCAUGUUUUUUAAAGUUCAGAGAAUGUAGUAAAUAAACGUUAUCAGACAACAAAA